AUGUCCACAAUCAAGACCGUUUUCCAGCUUGACUGCAAGCCCUCUUUCUUUGAAAGCAUCACCGUUCGCCCCAGCGGUGCUCUUAUUGUAACACGCCAAGACACCAACGAGAUAUGGGAGAUAGACUCCUUCUCUGGGACUGGCAAAUGUAUCGUCACCGUCCCAGAUGUCGCCUCAGUCACUGGCAUAGCUCAAGUACUGCCCGACGUGUACGCCUUUGGAGCCGGGACCUAUCGUCUUGCAAACCACGAAGGCACAGUUCCGGGCUCUUACAGCUUCUGGGUCGUCGAUCUCAGAGGCACUGCACCAGAUAUACGGCUGGUGGUCAAGAUGCCGGAGGUUGGACAGCUCAACGGACUUGCGGCAUGGGAUGCAGAGGCUGUCCUUGCGGCAGAUUCUGGCACACUUAUCUUCACAACUGCUGGCGCCAAAUCAUCAAUUGAGAAGAUACGCCCUUACAUCAAAGAUGCCAUGGGACGUGAUGAGAUCUCUUUCGAAGAUGAGCCACACAGCCACGCGGCGAAAUUCAAGCUCAUCGGCAAUGCAUUCGCCCUCAAUGCCAUCACACAGAUUGCUGAAUCAUUGACAUUGGCCGAGAAAUCAGGCAUUAGCCCGGAAACGGUCGCAAAGUUUACGGACAUCAUGUACGGCGGAAUAUCCUCCGUCUAUUCAGGCAGAAUGAUCAGCGGCGAGUAUUGGACUAGAGAUGAGCCAUACGCUUCGGCCGACAUUGCGAUGAAGGAUAUCAAGCACCUCUUGGAACUGGCUCAGGAAACAAAUAUGGAGCUGAAGAAUGCUCAGACUGGUCUCAUGUAUCUCCAAAUGGCAACGGAGAAGUCACCAGGACAUCAGGCUGAUAUCAGUGCGAUUUAUGGUGCCGUUCGUAAGGCGAAUGGGCUUGAAUUCAAGAAUCGGCCUUAG